GUUUUGAAGAUGCAGAGGAUACCAAGGUUGUGAUGUCCACCAUGUAAUUGACACAGAGAGCGCCACGGGAUGACAUCUAUAUCCAGGCUCUUGAGACUACAGCUGGUAAUUCUGCAGGGCUCUACGUCGAAGGCCUAAUGCAGCCACUGGCGCCUCCUACGUAUAUCCUCAGGCUUUGGAGUCUACUGAACACAAUGCUGUUUAGGCAGAUAUAAGAAGACCUUGACCCCUUUUCAUAAAGGUCCCAUUCUUCAGGCACACUACCGAGAAAGCCCACCCGAUCACAGACUCUCGAAACCAUGGCACCCAUUGCUAUCACUCCUCCACCAGUCGAGCCUAAGCAGGCCCGACCUGGUGUGCAACGCGCCAACACUGCCAACAUGGGUACGAAGCGAAAGAUCAUCUGCUUCUCAGACUUUGACGGCACCAUUUUCAUGCAAGAUACCGGUCACACCCUCUUUGAUAACUUCGGUUGUGGUCCGGAAAGAAGGAAGAUUUUGGCGCAUCAGCUAGAGUCUGGAGAACGGUCAUUUCGCGAAAUCUCAGACGAGCUGUACGCCUCACUAGAUGUCCCUUUCGAGGAUGGCUUCGAGGUCAUGAAAACUGCCUUGGACAUCGACCCUGACUUCCAGACCUUCCACGAGUUCUGCGUCAACAACAACAUUCCUUUUAAUGUCAUCUCGGCCGGCCUAAAGCCUGUGUUGCGGAGGGUCCUCGAUCACUUCAUCGGAGAGGAGAUGAGCAAACACAUUGAAAUUGUGGCCAAUGAUGCCAAAAUUGCCGGUGAUGGUAGCAAAUGGGAAGCCGUUUGGAGACAUGACACCGAGCUUGGUCACGACAAAGCCCGAUCAAUAAACGAGUACAGGGCAGCUGCGCAGCUGGAGAGCGAGAAUGGCACAAUACCGAUGAUCGUUUUCAUUGGUGAUGGCGUCUCUGACCUGCCAGCAGCACGUGAAGCCGACGUGCUUUUCGCUCGCCGAGGAUUGAGGUUAGAGGAGUACUGCAUCGAGCACGGCCUCUCAUACAUUCCCUUCGACACAUUUGCCGACAUCCAGCGGGAAGUUAUCAAGAUCGCCAAGGUCGAUGACGAAAAGACACAUGGCAAAGGCUUGCCGUCCAACUUCAACCCUCGCGCGAACAUGUGGAGAAGGGUUAGCAGCCGGGCUGCAGUGCCUGUGUUCGCCGCACUCAGUCCGCGCAAGGAGGAGAAGGCUUUCUUGUGGCCAGAAACCUUCACCCAGCCAGCCACGGUUCCAAACAAAGAGCAAGCGAAAGCUGCCCUUGCAGCGCCUGUUGCCUAAAGUUGGGUUUGUCGAGCUAUAGUUUGGUUUUAAGCUUACUACUUCCUGAUCGUUUUUACGGUUUGUUCACAUCUAUCUUUACAGCGGGAAGCGAUGGGUAAUGACUGGCUUCGAAAGAUUGGUUAGAAACCAGACACAACACAAGAGAAAUAGAUCUGUGUAGACAGACUGAUAUCCUGUAGCAGGUCGACAUCCGGUGGAAUAGAACAUUACAAGAAAUGUAGCGGAAUUGAGUGAGAAAUGUCUUCCACAAAAGAAACCCGCUUCUUGACGACUCGACAUUUUCCGCCUUC